GGAUUAGCCGGCCCGGGCCAAUGUCACCCCUUGUCCCCCGGAUUAGGGGGUGACAUCACGCGGCUCCUACUUAAGGCUCCCCCCGCCGCGGGGGUGCCUCCCCUGCCACCGCCGCUGUCCCCGCUGUCACCGUGUCACCGCCGCAGCCCCCCCGGCCAUGAUGUCGUACCUGAAGCAGCCGCACUACGGCGUGAACGGGCUGAGCCUGGACCUGCUGCCCCCCCCCGUGGGGUACCCGGGGACCCCCCGGAAGCAGCGGCGGGAGCGCACCACGUUCACGCGGGCGCAGCUGGACGUGCUGGAGGCGCUUUUCGCCAAGACGCGGUACCCCGACAUCUUCAUGCGCGAGGAGGUGGCGCUCAAAAUCAACCUGCCCGAGUCCCGCGUGCAGGUGUGGUUCAAGAACCGCCGCGCCAAGUGCCGCCAGCAGCAGGCUCAGGGCUCGGGCCCCCCCAAACCGCGCCCCCCCCCUAAAAAGAAGAGCUCCCCCCCUCGGGAUCCCCCCCCGGAGCCCCCCCCGGGCCCCUUCACGCCGCCGCCCGCUCCCCCCGGCCCCCCCAGCGCCGCCCCCGUGUCCAUCUGGAGCCCCGCGGCGCUGUCGCCGCUGCCGGACCCCUCGGGAGCGCCGGGGUUCCGCGGCUUCCCGGGCUCCGGGGGCUUCGGGCAGGGCUACCCUGGCUACUUCGGGGGGCUCGACUCGUACCUGUCCCCGCUGCCUCCCCAGGUGGGCGGGCUGAGCCCCCUGGGCCCCCCCGGGCUGGGCUUGGCCGCGUCGCCCGCGGGCUACGGGGGGACCCCCGGGAUGGGCUUCGGGGCCGUGGAUUGCCUGGAGUUCAAGGACCAGGGCAGCGCCUGGAAGGUGAAUUUCGGGGGCGCGGAUUGCCUGGAGUACAAGGAUCAGAGCACCUGGAAAUUCCAGGUGUUGUAGGGGGGGUGGGGAUGGCGGGGGCGCGUCCCGGGGGGUGACGGGGGGGGCGGAUCCCGGGGGUCCCGGCCGGGAGAAUCCUCGUGGCGUGGAGAAUUCCCGGGGCACGGAGGAGCGGCCCCGGGUCACGGACAAUUCCCGGGGCGUGGAACGCGCUCCUGGCGUGGAGAAUUCCCGCGCGGAGCGCCCCCGGACCACGGGGAAUUAACUUCUGGAUCGCGGACAAUUCCCGGGGCACGGACAAUCCCCGGAGCGUGGGCGAUUCCCGGGCCGCGGAUAAUUCCCGGGGGACGCAGACGACCCCCCAGACCCCCGAGAAUCCCUGGAUCGUGGGCAAUGCCCGCGGCACGGAGCAUUCCCGCAUAGAAAAUCCUCCCGGCCGGGGCCGUUCCCGGGGCACGGAAAAUUCCCGGGGCACCGAAUAUUCCCGGAGCACGGAACGACCCCAGGACACGGGAUAUCCCGGCGGGACGGAGCAUUCCCGAGCCUCGGGGGAUCCCUGGACUGUGGGGGAUCCCAGGACCACGAGGGGAUCCCCGGAUUUAUGGGGGAUCCCAGGACCACGGACUAUUCCCGAGCCUCGCAGGAUCCCUGGAUCACGGGGGAUCCCUGGCCCCGCCCCGAUGGGUCUCCCCGGCCCGCCCCCCACCAAACUCCCGGAAGGAAAAAAGCUGGAAAAGAGGGAAUAUCAAUAAAAAAAGUGCGAAAAUG